CUUUGCAAUAAAAUCUUGAAAUAAAAAAUAUGAUGUAAUCCAGCCUACUUGAUCUACAUAUUGUCAAUCAUCCCUAAAUUUGACAUGUUCAGAAAUAUUUUUUUUAAAUAACUGAUAGAAACGCUUCAACAUGGCAUGCAGUGCCAAUAAAAGUGGAUCGGGAAAAGUUGAUCCAGAGAUACUCCAAAAAUUGACCACCAAAUAUGUAUUGCUUCAAAAAUCAGAUUCCAAAUCACUGACGAAAAAAUAUCUGACGCAAGAAUUAUUUGAAAAACUAAAAGAGAAAAAAACCAAAUACAAUAUGACCCUCUUAGAUUGUAUAGCAACUGUACUAGACAAUCAUGAUUCGUCAGUAGGACUGUAUGCACCGUGUCCAGAUAGUUACGAUGUCUUCGGAGAUCUAUUUGAUAUAGUAAUUGAAGAUUAUCAUAUAGGUUUUCCAAAAUGUGCUAUACAUCCUCCAAUGGAUUGGGGUGAAGCAAGUGACUUAAAAAACAUAGAUCCUAACGGAAAAUACGUAAUUUCCACUAGAGUCCGAACUGCUCGAUCAUUGAAAAAUUAUCCUUUCAAUCCAGGUCUUAGUGAGGAACAAUAUAAGGAAAUUGAAACAAAAGUUACUUGUGCAUUAUGCCAAUUAACAGGAGAUCUUAGAGGUCAAUAUCAGCCUUUGUAUGAGAUGUCGGAUGAUGAAAUGAACAAACUGAUAGACGAUCAUAUUCUUUUUAAAGGAGGAGAUAGAUUUCUGGAAUCCGCUAACGCCUAUCGUUAUUGGCCGAAUGCAAGAGGAGUUUUUACUAAUCCGCCAAAGACAUUUAUAGUCUGGGUGAAUGAAGAAGACCACAUGCGUAUUAUAUCGCUGCAACAAGGCGGAGACCUAGCUGGGGUAUACAAAAGAUUAGCAGAUGCUGUUAAAGAGCUGGAUAGGCGGCUAGAAUUUUGCAAACACAAAAGAUUUGGAUAUUUGAGUAUGUGUCCUACUAACAUAGGAACGGGAAUAAGAGCAUCAGUUCACAUUAAACUUCCUAAAAUGUCACAAAAUGAGGCUAAGCUUAACGAAAUAGCUGGGCGACUCAAUUUGCAAAUAAGAGGUACUGGAGGUGAACACACUGAAUCGAAAGGUGGCGUACUCGAUAUUUCCAAUAAAAGACGUUUGGGAGUUACCGAAAAAGAGGUGAUAAAGGAAAUGUUCAAUGGAAUCCAGGAGCUUAUUCAAUUGGAAGAAAAAUCAUAACAGCUGAAAAAAGUUUCUGACAAAAUAAGAUGUGCAUAUUUUUUUGUUUUAUAAAAUUUGGUACAAACAUAUUUUAGUUUUUAUUAUUGGGCCAACAUGAGAAAAAGUAUGAAUUUUAUCAAAAAAGUUCAUAAGAUUUUGAUAAAGUUUAGUUAAAAAUAAAUCACGUCUUUAAGAAUA